AUGCCAACGUAUUGUUUUGCUACAUUAAAAAAUAAUGUUGAAGAAUCGAAUGUGCUGUGCAAAGAUCUCCUUAAAAUUGUACGUGAUCUUCUUGGUGCACAUAUAUUUCCUGAUACAACAUAUUUUAGACCGAAUUUAUUUAAAACUCAUAGUGGAAAAAUUAUGCAAUGUAUUUUACUUAAAAUUGUUGAGCCAGAUUUUAAUAAUCUAGGUGAUACAUCAACAUUAAAUGAUCCAACUGUUGUUGAAGAUUUAAUAGAAACAUCUCCACGAAUAAAAUUUGCAUAA